CAUGAUCAGUCGACCAGAUCUAGAGGCAGAGUAAGCUACGAUAAGCAGAGUUUAAAGAGUCAAACCUCAAGCGCAACAAUUGAAAGCUGCUCCUUCGAGGACAGCCUGCAGCUCCUGGGUCUGGAUGAUAGUUUAGAGGAAGCAACCUCAGAUCCCAUCGUAACCAGAGGAGCUUACCUGUCUCUGAUUCACCUGCGUCAUCUCAAACUCAGACAGCUCCAGCGUAUCUCUCUUGGGUUGUUGAACUACCUGCGCUCCGUGGAGAGGACUUUGACCUUUGACCUGGCAGGUCUGCAGCUGGAGGAAGGAGAGCUGUGCAGCACAGCGGAGGAAACAGGCUGGAUGAACGCAGCCAGAGGAGGAAGAGGGGAGGCAGGAGGUCUCGGCUCGCACCAGUACAGCCACAACACUCCUGUUGACUGUAAGGUCCAUUGCUCAGAGUUCAUGGAGUUUGCAGAGGUGGAGAACCUUCAUGAUUUCUACAGCGCAGAGGAGCGGUUUGUCCACACUCAAGACCAGAAGGGGUUUUACAUUGUGUACGACGCUGCUCUGAAGGACCUGGAGGAGCUGGAGGACGAGCUUCUUCUAGUCGGCUCACGCUUCAUCCAGAGAGACACGAUUAAGAAAAUGGGAAAUGAUGAGAGAGCCGCCACCUCGACAGCAGACAUCCACACCCGGGCCGGGACAGAUGUGGAUCGUGUUGCAGUGCUGCUCGACUUGUGGACAUGUGAGACAGAGUUUUUGGAGAGCAAAGUUCAGCUCUUGAACUGUUACUUCGAGGCCUACCAGCACGCAGCAGGGACUGAGGAGAGGUUUGCAUUGGCUGAAGUCAUUACUGAUAUCAUGCACAGUAGACCACAACUGGACCUGAACCAGGAUUACUUUGUUCAGACCUACAGAGCUGAGAUCAGCUGCCUGCGAAGCCACCAGCAGCUAAUCAGAGACAUUUUGGACACUCAGAUUGAAAAACAGCGGCAGUACCUCCAACGCAUCUGGAGGGACGACCGCAAAGGCUCCGUUCAUGACUUUGGCCUUCCACCAAAAUACAUUCCCAAACAUCUGGUCUCACUUGGAGGCAGCAGCCCUGCACUGAUGAACACAUUCCUCCUGGAGGUUCAUCCGUCUCUCUGUCUGGCUUCUGCAGUCUAUCACAGCUUAGUUCAGGCUCACUCAGAGCUCUGUCAGCUGCACCGAGCCACGAGCAUCACUGAGACGCUCGUGCUGCGACAGAAGCUCCUGCAGCAGGCCCUGCAGAGCUGGAACCACCUGGCUUCACCCGGAGCCUCCUACAGCUCUCAGAUACAGAAGGAUUUGUUCUCAGAUGUGUUUUUUGAGGACCCGAUUUUGGUCCAGAAGGUUGGGCUGUCGUUAGUAAGAUCUGCGGAGAUGAAGGACAUGACGCAGGGAAGAGAGAAACAGUUGUAUGCUGUGGAAACUUUCUCCAAGCUGCUGGAGCUCGUCACCAUCCGCCAUCGUUUGCUGGAGUCAGCCUCAGAGACCGCACAUCUGGCACAGUUGUACAGAAACGUGGCGUCAGAGCUCGGCUUCGAUGAGUUCCAUCUUUAUCUGAGGCCGGUUCAGUUUGAGGUCGCUGAGCAGAAAGACAAAGCCGAGCAGAGGCCUGUUUUUAUCACAGCGAUAUUGGAAGAUGACAGCUCUGUAGACAGGUUCACCCCGUCCCACCUGCCUCUGAGCAUCCAGGAACUGGACGAGAACCAGACCGGGAGGUUUAGCUUCAGCUCAGAGGAGGCAGUUAUUCAUCUUAUGAACAAACGGAGCAUAGAAAACCUUGAGGUGACUCUGGCUUGUCAGGUUACACAGAAGAACGCUUUGAUAAGUGCUGUGAAGCUGGUUUGUCUUUGUCACUGGGCAGAGAGUGUGACGUCUUCAGCUCAGAGUGAAAUCGCUCAUCAUUCUGAUAAAGAUGUGAAAUUGGACUCCAAACCUGGAAGCAACACCAACAACCUGCAGGAAAAAUCAAACUCUCCACCCUCCAAAGGCUCAGCAAGAACUCCCACCACUGACAAGGAGAGGCUGAUGGAAGCUUUCGUGUCCAUCCAGCUGGAAAAAGUGGGUCUGCGUGACGAGAUGCUGAAUUCAUUUGUGAAGAAGAAACAGGCCGUGGGGGGUCUUAUAAAAACCGCAGAGGAAGCAGCAAAGAUCAAAAGGAGCCUCAUAAUCGACUUUCUCAAGAAAUUCAGCACACAGAUAUCUCAGUAUUGUGUGAGAGCACAGAUUGUGGCAUAUUACCACAGUCUAACCUUCCUUUUGGACGACAUCCCCUCCAUCCGUCAGUCCCACUUCAUGAUUGGAAAAGCAAACGAGCCUAAAGUCAUUUUGGAUUCAGGAGUUAACCUUUGCCCCGACCCCAGGACCUUUCAGUGUCGGCCCCAGCAGUUGUUGUCUGCAGACGGUAAAACUCUCCUCAACUUGUGGUACAUCCCCCACUUCUCUGAAGUGCUUCACGUGUUCAAAAAUGUUUCGGUGUGUGUCGCAGCUCUCCAUCACACUCUGCAGAUAGUUUCAGCUCUUCAUGACAUCAUUUAUUACCUGGUUAGUUUCUCCAGAUUGGGAAACACAGAAAACUCUGGUAACUGCAGAAGAGGACAGGAAGCACCGGGUUCACUUGCAGCUGACUGGGGCGGCGCUGAAGGCAUCGGAGCAGAGCUGCUGGAGAUCCAGCGUCAGGUCGACCGUCUGUCUGAUCCCAGCAGCCCAGAGUCGGUCGGCCGUCUGCUGCAGCUGCGCAGGCAGGUCGUCCUCCUGCAGUUUGACACCGCUGUGAGACACCUCAUCAGGGAGGUGUUCCUCUCCUCUGGUGAUGUUGCUUCUUACCAGAGUGUGAGUGACAACAUGGCGACCGCCCUCCCCCCGAUGAGCGACAGUAUCCAGACUAAUGUGUUCAGUCUCACGCUGCCUGUGCCUCCACCUCUAGAGACUCGAGGCUGUCAGGCACAGAAGAUGUUUCCAUGGAGAAGUUUCAUAGCCUGUCAUGGAUUGUUCCCUCUAGAUGUUUGGGACGUCCCUCCCAUCGAAUACUGCAUGCAGCUGUGUCUGAGUGGUCUGAGUGAUCGCAGCAGACUGCAGGCCAAUGCAGCAAUCCUUGGCGUGUCGCUGCUAAUAGAGGACGUCCUGAACGGUGGAAGAGAGGCAGAGCCUGUUUGUCUCCAUGGCAACAAGGAUGACCUUCUGCACGAUGGAGAGCCUGAUGAAAAAGCUGUAGAAGAAACGAAGAAGACUUGUGUGACUGUUCCUCUUCAGGAUCCAGUCAGAGUCCAGUCUGUGCUGAAAGGUUUCCUCCUGCUGACGAAGCAGCUUCAGGUGUUCAAGGAGAGCUGGGCUCGAAGACGUUUUGGUGCUGAAACGUUCAGGACGCCCAGUUUGUAUCAGCAGUUUGUGAAACUCUACAGAGCUGAAAUCUUUUACCCCAGUAUGAGAGCUCUGGCUCAACAAAUGGGUAAGGAGCGGGACUAUGAGGUCUUAAUAUCUGGCAGCCAGUCUCUCCUGCCCCCCCCUGGAGCUUCAGAGGUUGAUGUGAAAGCCUGGCAGCUUCACAAACUGCUGGAGAGCACCGAGUGUGAUAUGAUCAGAGCGGUGCAGAGGAAGAUUAACAGAGAGUUGACGCUGGUGGUUUCAGAGCGAACUCGACAGGACACAGGCCUCCCUACAGAGCUGUGGAAGAAAGCCCCACUGAAGUACAGUUUGUCCCCCGAGCGGCCGCAGAUUGUGGAAACUUUCAUCCAGCAGCUGAUGGAGGGAGCUGAAGAGGCCAACGGACAGCUGACGGUCUCUCAGGAUCACCUCCAGCAGUGUCUCACUCACCUCGGCUGUUCUCUGACGGAGCGAGAGCGUCGCAGCUUUCUGCUUUACUCGCAGUUUUAUGAACAAAUCCUGCAGCAGCAGACUCAGCUCCUGUAUCAGAGAGAACAGGAUUUAAAGAAUCUUGAGGACUCUCAAACAAGCAACUCUCACAAAGAGGUGGAUGUCGUAUGUCGUGGGAUGAUGUUGGAGAUGUCAGCGCUGCAGGCAAGAGUUGCUCACCUGGAAGAAGAGAAGAGAACUGUGGAGGAGCAACUCGGUCUCAAAUUCAAAGAACGCUACGACCCUUUGGUCCGACACCUCUUCUCUACCUGCAUCCAGCUAAAGGCCCAGCUUGACGAGUACCACCAUCAGAUGGAGCAGGAUGUGAGUGAGAUGGUGAGCAGAAUAAGACAGGAGGGAGUGGACCGGAUCAUCAAACUCAAGAAGAAGUACGGCUGCACCAAAGACAAUGAUGGACUCCCACAGUUAAAGAAAGAAGACGUCCAUGAGUUGAGCCUGGAGAACAGCCGGCUGACUGCUCUGCUCUGUAAACAGAAGGCUCUGAGCUGCUGGAGGCAGGCGGUCGACCAGGAGAAACUCCACCGACAGCUGCUUCAAACUCAGCAGAGGGAGGUUAGCUGUCGCAGCGAGGCCCUCAGAGUGAAGAUGACAUCAGAGGAGGAGGUGGUAAUCCUGCAGGAGGAGCUGCAGGUCGUGAGGACGGUGUUGAUCCGCUGUCAGGCCGAGUGCAGCAGCACCAAGAAGCUGCUCAGUAGGAAGACUGAGGAGCUCCAGGUGGUCAGGCAUCAGUCUGCACGGGAGGCCCGCAGCAGGCAGGAGCUGGACAGCUAUCGAGUGCAGAGCCUGGAACAAAUGCGAGCCGACAUGGAAGACCGUGAGACACAGCUCAGGGGGCUCAGCGAGCAGCUGGACAGAGGCAGCAGGAUGAACCAGUUACACCGACAACGCAGUGCCAAAGAGAUCAGACAGGUGAGGGGCCAGCUACAACAGGAGCUCGGCCUCAAACAAGAAGCCUUCCAGCGAGUGGAUAUACUGCAGGACCAGGUGAACGACAUGGAAGCAGCAUUCUCCAGAUGCACCUCUACAACAGGUCUACGCAGGGCCAGUCAGCAGCAGCAGUCUGCCUUGCAGCUCAGCAGCCUCACAAACUACACCACACUUCAGGACUUUGUUACAGAGCCACGACACCAGAGAGCAGAAACAGCCAGGAGCCGCUCUUACACAAGAAUGGACAGACGUAAAGCAGAUCCGUCUCGACUGCAUGUCCGGACUGCUGAGACGUCGUUACCUGACCUUUGAGAUACAGCCCCGGGUAGGAACACCAACUUUUUUAGCAGCUGUUUUUCUCUUCUAAAUGUUGAUACACUAUUGAAUCUCAGGAGUAACUGUGUGUGAAC